AUGUCUGACGCCAAAGUAGUGAAUCAGGAACCUCACCUUGAUCCCAAGCUCCAGAAAGAGGCCGAGGUCGAGGAAGAAACAGAGAAACCAGGCCGAAGCAUUGCUCUUUUCAUGCUUGCCUACUGGCUAGCCUGGUUGGUCUCUGUCAUCUCAAAAAUCUUCCUUUCAGUGCGAACCCAAUUCUUUCCGCGCGCAUGGUUCAUCGAAAGCCCUAUCGUGCGAUACAUAUUUACUCAACACAUCGACCACUGGCCUUAUGGUGGGUUCUACAUCCUCGAGCCAUUCUAUGUCAAAUGGAGUCCCUUAAUCACCACCACCUUCAUCGUGAGCUCAACUGCUUGCACUAUGUUCCAAUUCAUGUCGAUAGGGCGUAUGAUGCCGUUUGGAACCGAUCUCUCGGCUGCUCUUACUGUGCUGUGGAUGAUCGGGUGCUUGCUGGGAGGGUCAUGGGUUGGACUCACGCAAUCUGAAAGCGUCAUUAUUGCGCUCCCAUUUGGAUGGCUCAGCGCGAAGACAGUUUGGCUUGCAUGUUUGAGAAAGGGAUGUCACCCAAUUAGGAUGAGUGCAAGGAGGGCACGCACUGCGUUCAGGGUAUCGAUGGGCAUGUUCUCUGUGGUUUAUGUACGGAUCUUGGGCACUAGAACUAGCAUGGUGGCAAUGGUUCUGAUCGUAGAGGGCGGUUUGGCUAUACGGAGGUGGAUUAGACAAUGCAGUAACAAGCAAGACAUGGAGAAGGGCGAUGGAGAUGUUGUCAUUGGAGAAAAAGCCGUCUAG